UCUUUUCACCCAAGGCGCCUCUUCUUGUCGAUUCGAGAAGGGUUGUCGCUGUUGCAACUUUUGAUUUACUGCCAAUUACAUGUCAAUGAUCAGAGUGAUAUCCUCAUUGAAAGCAGUUUCAGCAAAGCCCAUAGGGGAAGAGUCUCAGGGCUCCUCACGCGUAACACUGAUACCAUCCAACGCUGUUCAUUAGCGGGCGGAAACAAAAAGAGGUUUCUCGCACGAUUGAGCGCCGUUCGAUCACGAAAUGGCCCGGCAAGGACAGAUCACUCGUACAAGGCCUGUGAAAGCGUGCAUUCGCUGCCGAACGCGUAAGAUUAAAUGUGACCAAGCGAAGCCAACAUGCAACAACUGCACCACAGUAGGCGCGAAAUGCUCAUUGGAUCCGAGUAUUGAUACGCCUGCUCGGGAGCCCCUUGUGCAACGAAGUAAUCAUCAAAUCACCCCUAAGGCAUCGCCUGGGUCGACCAACGGGGAGAGUCCGAACAGCCACGUAGUUAGCGAGACAGGUCCAGACCCAGCUGAUGUGCCAAACGGGUCUCGAUCAGUGACGGAGCAUCCGAAGAAACGAAGACGUUUCAGAGCGUCUUGUGAUCGCUGCCAUCAUCACAAGGUCCGAUGCGACCAAAAGCUCCCUUGUUCGCGGUGUUCGAAAGUUGGCCUAGACUUGCGGUGCUCCUACAAUAGCAAAUUUGCUGACGAGAACAUUCCCACUGUUGACCCUGCUGUGGCCAUAAACGAAGCUGAUUUGGAUACGCUGUGGAGAGAGAAGAGCAGGGGUGAUAGCCAUUGGCGGGUUCUAUUGCAGCAGAUCAAUCUCAGUCUCGGAUACCGGUCGGACGAGCUUGUCGAGGAGUUCAAGCGCAGAGAGCGCUCGAUGACUUAUGAAGAACCUCUCUUACCUGGUAACUAUCCUCUUGGAGGCUCUUACUUUACUACACAACCAACGCACAAUACAAUACUUUCGUGGAUACCUGAACGCAGCACAGCAGAUGAAUAUGUCCAGAGUUAUAUUGCCAGCUAUGAACAAACCUAUCGACUGCUCCAUAAACCAACGUUCUUCGACGAGGUCAAGUCUUUCUGGAUAGAUCCAGCAAAGGUUGACCCCGAAUGGGUCGCUCUAUAUAUGAUGGUCCUUGGGAUGGGCUACGCCGCGCUCAACAGAGGCACUAUGCCUACGGGCGAGUGGAGAUUCUUUUGUAGACGAAUGUUCGGUGGUGCGCAAGAAAUGCUUUUCAAGACCUCUUUUCUAGCAAAACCAAGUUUGUGCAGUUUACAGACUAUGUGCCUCAUGAUUAUUGCUAAAGAAACCUUCGCCGCGACUUGUUUCCAAGGAGACACGUGCUGGCCCUUGGUUGGUAUGACCACACGUCUUGCCAUGUCUGCCGGUUUCCAUCGACUACUACCGGAAUCAGUCAUUUCUGUACUGGAACAGGACAUGCGCCGGCGUAUAUGGACUACUAUUGUCUACCUCGAGAUACAGCUAGCAUGUACCACGGGUAUGCCUAUGCUUUUACGCAUCGAAGACUUCGACGUUCUCUGUCCUGCGAAUAUAGACGACGAAGAUGUUUCCCCUGCAAGCGUUUCCAUGCAGAUCAGAGUGAACUCGGAGCCUACCAAUGCAUCAUACCAAAUCAUCAUCUACCAAGCGUUUCCCGUCUUGUUGAAGAUCAUGGAGCGCUUGAACCACGAAUUUAACGGCUUGAUGUACGAGGAAGUCCUGCACUAUGAUGCAGAGCUUCGCAAAUCGCUAUUGGCACUCUCAGUCUUGAAGACUGGAUAUCUACCAUGUGCAGCUAGCUUGCAGCAUGAAUAUCUGCCUACCGACCUGGACGUCCACGCAAUUCAGAUUGACAUCUUCUUCCGACGUGUCCUUCUGAUGUUGCAUAGACGCUUUGCAUCGCAGCCCGCUGCCGAGGAUAUAUAUCCGCAGAGCUACUGGUCGUCUCUUGAGAACAGUUUGGCACUCCUUGCUCAUAAUCAAGCUUUAUGUGGAGAGUAUUCCGCCGCGGCUCUUCCUCCGGGGCAACUCACUUGGUUUUCUGGCCUCUUCUGGCAAGACUUCCUGAGUGCAGGACUAACAGCUGCCAUUCAUCUCCUGCGUAAAGAUGGUGCCACCCUCAGCGUGCCUGCCAAUCUAGGAGACAACUUAAUCAGCACCUGCCCUGCUCGCAAUACCAUAAUUGAUACACUUACAACCUGUGUCGAGAUCUGGCGACCGAUGCAAUCGAGAAGUGUGUGUACAGCACGGUCUUUCACGCUUCUAGAGAGAGUCGCAGAAGCUUUGCAAAGCACUCGAGAAGGUUGUUCGCAGCUGUAACGGGAGGAGUCAUCUCCACGUCAAACUGUUGUCGGGACUAGUUGGCCUCGGAGCUACUAUAGAUGGAGUCUCCAUUAUCACGACCGAGCCGACAGUCACUUCCAGUCUACGAUGCUGCGAUGAGCAAAGUAACAAGCAACCUUGAUCACCCUUUUCCCCAGCCUCACGUCAGGUCGAAACAUUUCGCCGCACAUUCCCACAAAAGACAGUGCUGUGUAUUAGGCCUCUUGGUCUUGGCU